AUGUCAAAUCAUGCCUAUACGUCGCCCACAUACAAUAUAGCCAAACGACAACGAGUUUAUGGCACUACCAACAAAGCAGAAUGCAAGACUCCCAGCCCUUUGGGCAAAAGCCGUAAUGCGUCGACACCAUUGUUUGAUGACGAUGAACUAGAAAGCCCUGGGCGUGAGCAUUUUGUCAAUGGACGACUACAACCACGGCAUAUUCAACAACGCUUUUUGCAAAAGCUCAACCAGGAACGACAAGCAGCAAUCCAUAAUAAUUCAUCUUCCAGCAUUGCUUAUUCCAACAACCCACCAGAACACAGCACUCAACGUGUAAUUGAACGCAUUGCAGGCGAUGCAACCAUAGACAAACCAAACGACAGCGGCCAUAAUGAGGACGACGACGAUGACAUGUUUGGUGACGAUAUACCCUUAGAAGAUCUUGAAGAGGCGCUUGUCAUUACUGAAACUAGACAUCCAAUACAGCAACAACAGCAACAACAACAACAACAACAUCCACAACUCCAGCAAACUCCAGCAACUCCCAUCCCUUCUCAAAAUCACAACAAUGACGAUGACGACGACGACAUGUUUGGUGAUGAUAUACCCACACAGCUUUUGGAUGAAGCUUUAUUAGCAUGCACAACAUCACGUGAUGAGCCAUCUGAUCAAUAUUCUUCGCGAUACCAUCGUUAUAUGGUUGCCAAUAUACAAGUUUCAUGCUACGAUACGGAGACUGAGAAAGGGUUGCCUGAGAAGAUUUUACACUUGAUCAAUGAAAAAGAGCAAUCUGCCACUGUGACACUUCGAGAAGGAUGGCUGCAUACUGUUAUCAAAAUCGGCGACAUUGUUCAUAUACCCACAUUGCACACCAAUACCAAAAGCGGCAUCAUUACGAUCAUCAACAAUACACAAGGUUUUAUCGUCGUGCACCCUGAUCGAUUAUUAUCCAGCACUGCCGUCGCCGAAAGUACGUUUUGUCUUCGUAAAUCUGUAUUACAGCAAAAGAUCAAAGCGAUUGGAGAUUACAGCGAGGCACUGGUGCAUGGCAACAUGAUUCACCGAAUUAUCCAGCAUGCGCUCGGCACCCAAGAUUUCAGCAUGGAGGGAUUAGAAAGAGAAGCACGGCGUGUUGUUUACUCGUCGUUGGAUGAACUCUAUGCAAUCGAUCAACAAGAGGAAACAGCACUUCAACUCAUUCAACAGCAGCUUCCAAGCAUCAAAGCAUUUGGUGAUACGUAUGUUGGUGAACAACCAAAGCCCAAUGCACGCGUUGCUAUGGAUAUGGGUGUCGACGUUGCCAAGGUGAUGGGAUGCAGAACGGUGGCAUUCAGCAAAAUUCUGGACGUGGAAGAACACUUGUGGAGUCCGACGUUUGGUCUCAAAGGCAUGAUCGAUGUAUCAGUGGAAAUGAAGAUGCAUCCCAAUACCAAGGUGUUGACAUUACCUCUUGAGCUCAAAACUGGCAAAAGUACCCGCUUUAUUUCGCAUCGUGCUCAAACGACACUGUAUAUCCUUCUGAUGAGUGAUCGUUAUGGUAUUGAUAUCGAUGCUGCUGCACUCUACUACUCGAAGAUGAACAGCCUUUACAUCGUCCCAGCAGUACGCAACGACCUACGAUUGCUCUUAACGACACGCAACAACCUUGCUUCAGCCAUGCAAUCAAAACACAGCUUACCACCUAUGCUGAAGAAUUUGCACCAUUGUCAAAGUUGUACCAUGAAUGAUGCUUGUUUGCAAUAUCACAAAGCGGUGGAGAACGGUGAUGGGGACUCAAGUGGUCUUGGCGGUUAUUUUGACAAAAAGAUCGAGCAUAUGGAUGAAGCGGCAUGCAACUUUUUCCGACACUGGCUAAGACUCAUUGAUCUUGAAGAGGAGGAUAUCGACUAUGUUCGUAAAGAUAUAUGGCGACAGCCGGCCGAAAUGCGUGAAUUGUCUGGAAAAUGUCUCAGCAACAUGAUUAUCGAUCCAUCAUACAAACAAGAUUCUGAAAGCGUGUACAAGUUUAUUCGACAAGAUGGCAAUGGCGAAUUCAUUACGAAUUCGAGUUUGAAUGUUGGUGAUCCUAUCGUUAUAUCCGGCACUGAGGGUCAUAUCAAUCUUGGAAUGGGAUUUAUUCUUCGCUUGGAUCAGCGUUACAUCAUGGUCAACCUCACUUCACCUUUGCGUCAAAUACCACGUCGUGAUCAUGGUUUCAACAAGGAGACAAACCAGGUCUUUGUACAUACACACAAUCCAACCACUUAUCGAAUCGAUAAAGACGAGAUGGCUUCUGGUAUUGCUUUGAUGCGACGCAAUAUUGUCGGCUUGCUUGCUCCAAAUGAAGGUGAUGAGAACACAAGACACAAGCGAUUGAUCGUCGAUCGCGAAAAGCCAAGUUUUAUGCCUUUGCCACCUCUUGAAUUGCCAGCAACAUUGAAUCCAGCUCAACAAAAUGCAGUACAAAAGGUCUUGAGUGCCAAGGAUUAUGCCAUCAUUUUGGGUAUGCCAGGCACAGGCAAGACAACUACCACAUCCCAUAUUAUCCGCACUCUUGUUGAACGUGGAAAAACGGUGCUUUUGACCUCGUAUACCCACAGCGCUCUUGACAACGUGUUAUCCAAAGUUCAUGCGUCCGGUAUCGAUGUCCUUCGACUUGGCAAUCCUGAAAAAGUCAUGCCAUCCCUUCGUGGUUGUAUGCCCAAUGGAAAUCCUACUUUGACCACCGUUGAGCGACUAGAAAAGUUUUACAGCUCCAAAAAGGUGGUGGGUGUCACUUGCCUUGGUAUUGGACACAACCUUUUGCAACGAAGGCGAUUUGAUUACUGUAUCGUUGAUGAAGCAUCUCAAAUUACAUUACCUGCAUGUGUUGGCCCAUUACGGUGUGCAGAUAUCUUUGUGCUUGUGGGUGACCAAUAUCAACUUCCUCCUUUGAUUCGAAACGACAUUGCUAGGGAACAUGGCAUGGACAAGUCCCUUUUCCAAUUACUUUCAGAGGAUCAUCCAGAAGCUGUGGCUGUUCUAGAAUAUCAAUAUCGGAUGAAUCGUGACAUUAUGUCAAUCACCAACUCUCUUGUUUACGACCACAAACUUAAAUGCGCCAAUCCAGCCGUUGCCUCGCGUCAGAUCAAAUUGCCAAAAUUGAAUCAAGCCUUGGCCCAAAUUCACACAGGCGCAAAUGAAUGCACACAAUCGCCAUGUUGGAUCAAAGAUGUUAUUGACCCCAAUCGUAAAGUGGUCUUUAUUGACACGGACAAGAUUCCAGCAUUGGAGGAACGGGUAAUGGAGCGUGUGCAAAAUCCAUCAGAAGCCAAGAUGGUUCUUCAGCUAGCUGAGACCCUUAUUGCAGCGGGCGUUCCUCAACAAGAGCUGGCCGUCAUUUCGAUUUACCGAUCCCAGCUGCGACUGAUUUCACCUGGUCUCCGCGGAACCCCUGAUGUUGAAGUUGCUACCAUUGACAAGUACCAGGGACGUGACAAGGAAUGUAUUUUAGUAUCACUUGUACGAAGCAAUGAACAAGGCAAUACUGGUGACUUACUCCGAGAUUGGCGUCGUAUCAAUGUGGCAUUCACACGAGCAAAAAGCAAAUUGAUUGUGUUUGGAUCGAGGCAAACAUUGCACACGUCCGCUCUCUUUAAGAGCUUUCUUGAUUUGAUGGCGUCAAACGAAUGGAUUUAUGAAUUGCAACCCAAGGCCCAUGAACUUCACACUAUUGAACCAUCAUCCCCACCGAGCAAGCAACGCAAAGAACACAAGACAUUUUCACCCCUGAAUGCAUUCCUCAAACACAGGCCUGUGCUUCGGGAUGUAUACAAUGCAUCAUGA